AUGGUCAGCCAGCAGCUUGAGCAAGCGUAUGAGAAGUACCGCUACGAGGCUCUCUUUGGCGCCUGGCUCGUUGUGACCGGCGCAACCUUCAUGCGCAUCAAGCGACAGCCCUACUCCACCCGUCUUAAGGUCGAACAGUACGAGAGCAUCUUCAAAGGAACGUCCCUGGGUGCGAUCGUGCUCGGAAUUGGCAUGUCGCCAAAGCGCGGCGUGAGGCGCGUUGCAGCAUCCACAAUAUUCACGAUGUUGUUCCGCCUGGGCAAGGUGAGCAUUGAGCUCAACCCAUGGAAUCCACUGUAUGCAGUGGCACCCUUCAUCAUUGUGAUGGUGUCGGUCCCAUUAGCCAUCUUUGCGGUGGUUACCACAUCCAUCGCACUAUCUUUACUGGCCUUUCGUGGCUUUAUAGUCUAUACACAGCUUGGAACUGCACUUCUAGGUGCUUGGCUCUCUCCAGCGCCACCAAAGCCUAUUGCUCUACAGCAUCAGCCCCCAUCCCCCGAACGAACGUCUCCGCCUCGCAAUCACCAUCGACGAAGUAGUAGUAAUGGCAGCGGUACAUCUUCACAGGACACAGCGGUGCCUGUUUCUCGUUUUGGGCCAAAGAGUGGGUCCUUCACAGCACUGCUCACUGAAGGCGGGCCCACACGUGACUAUGAGGGCGUGGGAGGCUGGAGAGAUACUGGCAAUGAAGAUGAGGAGGCAUUGUGGAUGGGCAUCAAUUCGAGGUUGCAGUUACCGGCUGCGAUAUCUGGUCAACGACACCAGCGGCGGCACACAGGCGGGCAAAGUCCAAACCAGCGUUGGAGCUGGAGCCCAGAGACUUUCCGUAUGAGUCCUGUGCAAAGCAGAGCAAGGACACCGAACCGAGUCCUUGCAAGCGAAGGAUACAACAACGGCGAUUACUUCCCGACACAACCCACGGAUGGCGGCCGUCCAAUUAGGACGGCGUCCGAUCCGUUGAAGCGGCACAACCGAAGACUGAGUGGCAGUGGCAGCAGCAUCACGAGCGCAGCUUCAAGCAUGAUGGCUGCUGUCAAAGAAACAGGAGAAUGA